UGCGCUCAGUUGUUGCACUGCCUUUCAAUUAAACAGACAUGUCUCUGCAGUUGGAAACAAUUUCGCAUUCCCUUGUCGAAUUAUCGCCAAAUGAAUGGAAAAUUUUACUGGAUCUGUACUCAACGAAAAGAACUGAAUCUACUGGAUAUAAUUUAAUAAGUAAUUUCAUCAAAUGGAUUGCAAGGAAUCCUAAAUUAAAUAUCAAGUGCUUUGCCCUGGACGAUGGAUGGAAGAAAGACGGCACUUUUAUAAUGAUCGUAGACCAUGGUGGGGUCCAGAAGAACGUCUACUUCAACACGAUAACCGAGAAUCUGGAUCACCUGAUCAAAUUACUUUUCAGCUAUACAACUGAUGCCAAGCCAUAUUUACUCUAUGGAUAUGGAGAACGUUUAAAGCCGGCCGUGGAUGCAUAUAUAAAGAAAUAUGAUCAAGAGCGAAUGGAGACGGCACAAACAGCUUGGUAUCGGGCUACUAAAGAGAUCGUAGCAACCUUCUCCAUAGAACCUCCAGCGGAUAUAACACUGCGAAAACUGGAGAUUGGAGAUGCUGAGACUGUAAACGAAAUAUGGCCACAUCGGGCCGAGGGUUCAGUAGAAUUUGUAAAGCUUUUAAUAGAAAAUAAUGUAUCUGUUGGGGCCUGUGAUAAGAAUGGCACAUUGAUAGCCUGGUGCUUGAGAUUGCCGUUGGGUUCAUUGGGUCUACUCCAAGUUGUAGCUACCCAUAAACGUCUCGGUCUGGGAAGUCUGAUGGUGAGAUAUCUAUCGAAGAAGAUUGCUGAACUUGGGGAGGAAGUUCUCUCUCCUGUAGUCACAGAGAAUACUCCAUCACGUCGUAUGUUUGAGAAACUGGGAUUUGAGAAAAUAGAUAACGUAUAUUGGACAGUUCCAAUAGUUUAAUAGGGCUGUAAAUAAAUCAAAAGGUUGUGAAAACGAAAAUUACUAAUUAACACAAAAUAUUAUAUAUGGUGUAUAAUAAAUCCAAAUCUUAAUUAUUGCA